AUGUAUGGGCCUCCCUACGCUCUGAGGCUGGGGAUCCGAUCUUUGUCAGGCCUCGCCUCGAGACUUCAGAUCUUCGUCCUCCAUAAUCCUCAAACUCAACAUCCCUUACAGCCGCAGUCAUGCCUUCAGGUCAAGGAAGUAGGUGCCUUCCGAAACCCUUCGCCAAACCCUGCCAAGUCAGCUGCCGAAACGCAGACAUAUGCUAAUCGCGCUUUGACUGAACAGCCGAAGCCAAAGAAGAAGGCAGUCGAGGAGGACGAAGACGACAAGGCUUUCAAGGCCAAGCAGGCUGCUGACAAGAAGGCGCGAGAGGAGAUGGCCAAGAAGGCUGGGUAUCAAGAAGAGCGGAAAGAAAUAGGCGACUUUUUGAUGGGAUACGACGUGAUGUGUACGGCGGAAGACUCAGGCAUAGCACAGGCGUUUAGGGAGAUAUACCAUUGCAAAGUUUUCCUUUGUGUCAUACUGAUGCUGCACAGUCCCUUGAAUUUACCACGCACAAUGCCUGGUGACGAUGUGGUGACAGCACGGCGAUUCGGUCUAGAGGACUCGCAAAGCGGGAGAACGCUGCUGAAAGGUCUCUCGCGAGCAGCGCACGACUGCUUAAUCUUAAUGAGUGUUGAACGCAGCGCGCCUUUUCCCAUUGUGCCCAGACUCCAGCCAAACCGCUGGACCCGCAUAUACCGUCGCGAGGCGAAGGUGCGGCAACAACAGCAGCAGAACCACCGCGCGCGCCUCUUCUCCAAGCAGCUGCCAAGAGCAACAACAUUGAUGAAAAGUAAAAAAUGGUGCGAAAGCCAGCAAAAAUUGCCCUGCGCGAACCGAAAGGAAAACUCACCCGCUGCCGCCGCCGAAGCGACGACACAGCACUCGAGAACCACGCUGUGCAAUGCAGUCUCAAAUACUAGGCACCACCGAUUCUUGAAGGCUCAAAGUGUAGGGAUCGAAAUUGGAAAAAUUGAAGACUUUUAUACUGCUUUGAGAAGCUCGGACCAUGGCGAAUAUGCGAGAAUGGUUGUGACUAGGAAUUUCGAAAGAAGGCCGCGGAAUGAAGUGAAUGAAUGUUGUUGA